ACCACUGGUCCAAGCAAUUUUCAGUGGCGAUCCGGAAGAGAUACGGAUGUUGAUCUACAAAACUGAGGAUGUCAACGCCUUGGAUGCCGAGAAACGAACUCCUCUUCAUGUUGCCUCAUUCCUGGGGGAUGCAGACAUCAUUGAGCUUCUCAUUUUGUCAGGCGCUCGUGUUAAUGCCAAGGACAAUAUGUGGCUGACUCCUCUCCAUCGAGCAGUUGCUUCAAGAAGUGAAGAAGCAGUGCAAGUAUUGAUUAAGCACUCAGCCGAUGUCAAUGCUCGGGACAAGAACUGGCAGACACCAUUGCACGUGGCGGCUGCAAACAAGGCAGUGAAGUGUGCGGAAGUCAUCAUCCCCAUGCUGAGCAGCGUCAACGUCUCUGACCGAGGGGGGCGGACGGCGUUGCACCACGCAGCUCUGAAUGGCCACAUUGAGAUGGUGAACUUGCUCUUAGCCAAGGGGGCAAACAUCAACGCUUUUGACAAAAAGGACAGAAGAGCUCUCCACUGGGCAGCGUACAUGGGUCACCUGGAAGUUGUUGCCUUACUGAUUAAUCAUGGUGCAGAAGUGACUUGUAAAGACAAGAAGGGUUACACCCCACUUCAUGCAGCUGCAUCCAAUGGGCAGAUUAACAUUGUGAAACACCUCCUUAAUCUGGGGGUAGAGAUUGAUGAAAUGAACAUCUAUGGAAAUACUGCACUUCACAUUGCCUGUUACAACGGUCAGGAUUCUGUUGUUAAUGAGCUGAUUGACUAUGGUGCUAAUGUAAAUCAGCCUAAUAAUAAUGGAUUCACUCCCUUGCAUUUCGCUGCUGCCUCCACUCAUGGAGCACUGUGUCUUGAACUACUAGUGAAUAAUGGGGCAGACGUUAACAUUCAGAGUAAGGAUGGGAAGAGCCCGCUGCACAUGACAGCUGUCCAUGGGAGGUUCACACGGUCGCAGACCCUCAUUCAGAAUGGAGGGGAAAUCGACUGUGUUGAUAAGGAUGGUAACACCCCUCUGCAUGUGGCUGCAAGAUACGGACACGAGCUUCUGAUUAACACCCUCAUAACCAGCGGAGCUGAUACUGCCAAGUGUGGGAUCCACAACAUGUUCCCUUUACACUUGGCAGCGCUGAAUGCUCACUCAGACUGCUGCCGGAAAUUGUUGUCAUCGGGCUUUGAAAUAGACACCCCUGAUAGUUUUGGAAGAACCUGCCUCCACGCUGCCGCUGCAGGAGGUAAUGUUGAAUGUAUAAAACUCUUGCAAAGCAGUGGAGCAGAUUUUAAUAAAAAGGACAAAUGUGGGAGGACACCUUUGCACUAUGCAGCUGCAAAUUGUCACUUCCACUGUAUUGAGACACUGGUGACAACAGGAGCCAAUAUUAAUGAAACAGAUGACUGGGGACGCACCCCUUUGCACUAUGCUGCUGCUUCCGACAUGGACCGAAAAAGAAAGAAUAUUUUAGGUAACUCCCCUGAAAAUGCUGAAGAACUUGAAAGAGCCAGUGAGAUGAAGGAAAAAGAAGCUGCAUUGUGUCUAGAGUUCCUUCUACAAAAUGAUGCCAAUCCAUCCAUUCAAGACAAAGAGGGGUACAACACUGUGCAUUACGCUGCUGCAUAUGGGCACCGGCAGUGUUUGGAACUGCUUCUGGAAAAAACCAACAAUAUGUUUGAGGAAUCUGAUUCUGCAGCUACGAAAAGUCCUUUGCAUUUAGCUGCCUAUAACGGUCAUCAUCAAGCCUUGGAGGUACUUCUCCAAUCUCUAGUAGAUCUGGAUAUUAAGGACGAGAAGGGACGUACUGCUUUGGACCUGGCUGCGUUUAAAGGACACGCAGAGUGCGUGGAAGCUCUCAUCAGCCAGGGUGCUUCUGUCACUGUAAAAGACAAUGUCACCAAAAGGACCCCCCUCCAUGCCUCAGUGAUUAAUGGCCAUACACCUUGUUUACGGUUGUUGCUAGAAGUUGCAGACAACCCUGAUGUGACAGACGCCAAAGGACAAACCCCACUAAUGCUUGCAGUGGCAUAUGGGCACAUUGAUGCUGUUUCUUUAUUACUUGAAAAAGAAGCAUCUGUAGAUGCAGCUGAUCUCCUGGGAUGCACAGCUUUACAUCGAGGGAUUAUGACUGGGCACGAAGAGUGUGUUCAGAUGCUGUUAGAGAAAGAAGUAUCUAUUUUAUGUAAAGACGCCAGAGGCAGAACACCUCUGCACUUUGCAGCAGCUCGGGGUCACGCCACUUGGCUGAGUGAAUUACUGCAGAUAGCACUUUCAGAGGAAGACUGCAGUUUGAAAGAUAAUCAAGGUUAUACACCGCUGCACUGGGCUUGUUACAACGGUCAUGAAAACUGCAUAGAGGUACUUCUGGAACAAAAAUUUUUCCGCACAUUCUAUGGUAAUAGCUUCUCUCCAUUGCACUGUGCCGUAAUCAAUGAUCACGAAAACUGUGCAUCACUGCUCAUCGGAGCCAUCGAUGCCAGCAUUGUCAAUUGCAAAGAUGACAAAGGAAGAACGCCCCUUCACGCAGCAGCCUUUGCGGAUCACGUGGAGUGCCUCCAGCUCCUCCUGAGUCACAGCGCACAAGUGAAUGCUGCGGAUCAUGCAGGGAAAACACCUCUCAUGAUGGCAGCUCAAAAUGGUCACGUAGGUGCUGUAGACUUUUUGGUGAAUAUUGCCAAGGCUGACCUGACAUUAAAAGAUAAGGAGUUGAAUACAUCUUUGCACUUGGCUAGCAGUAAAGGUCAUGAAAAAUGUGCCUUGUUAAUACUUGACAAGAUACAAGAACAGAGCCUUAUUAAUGCAAAAAAUAAUGCAUUACAGACACCUCUCCAUAUUGCUGCACGAAACGGCUUAAAGAUGGUGGUUGAAGAGUUGCUAGCCAAAGGGGCAUGUGUCCUAGCAGUAGAUGAAAAUGGUCAUACGCCAGCCCUGGCUUGCGCUCCUAACAAAGACGUGGCUGACUGCCUGGCACUCAUUUUGGCUACCAUGAUGCCUUUUUCUCCUUCCAGUUCAAUGACGGCUUUCAACUUCGUUUGCUUUAAAAAAGACAAUUUGGGCAGGACGCAUCUCUGCGGUGGCUCCAGUAUGGGUAGCACUAACUCUUACAAUAAGGCCUUGAGUAAUAACAUAGGAACUGAGGACGGGUACAAUGAAAAUGAUUCGGAUUCUGAAACAUUUUGACUUUUUAUUAUUCAAAACCUUUUUUUUCAUUAUUAUUUCAUUUCAGUGUUAUUUUUGUCUUUUUAAACAGCUUAAAUCCCACGGCUACGUUCUUAACUAUUAUUCUUGACAAGUAGGUAUUGAAAGAUUUGUAGAGUUGAUGAGAAUCAAGCCUUUAAGUCACAAAAGUUAGAGGGAUUUACUGGAACGUAUUCCCAUUAAUGUUUUGCAGCUUUUCAACUUCCUCAUGUUUUCUUUAGGCCCUAAGUGCCCCUGUGGAAAGUCUCUACCUCUUAUUUUAAGUAGAAAAAGUGAAAAUGCCUUUUUUCUUUUUGACAGCACAAAUAAACAGGGAGCUGUUUGUAAAAAGUUCUUACAUGUUUUAGCUGUACCGUUAAUACAGGAACAUAUUUCCAGUGUAGCCUUCAUAGGUUCGAGCAUCACCCUUUUCCUCUGUUUGUCUGUUUCCUGCUUCCAGGGGCUCUGUUAAUUAGAUUAUUUUUUUUUUUUUUACACAAACCAAAGGUAAAGUUGUAAAUCUUAAGGCUGCCUGUGUUACUUUUCUACAGGAAACAAAACCUUUUACAUUCUGCAUGUAUUAAGCACUUAAAACCUACAGAAGGCACUUUUUACAGUUCUUAGUUGCAACACACAAUUAGAAAAAUAGUUACAAACUCUGAAGGCCAAAUUCUACUUGUCUCACCAUAUUUUCCCAUGGACAUUAGUGGAACCACUGGGGUAAAAUGAAAAUAAUUUGGCCCUUGUUUUUUUCAAUUCAGCACAAACAUGCACACUUUAUUUGCACUACAGAAUUAGGGUCACUGGACGUUUCUGUCACCUGAGCCAUUAACCAUGAAUCUAGUAUCAGAAAAAAAAAAAAAAAAA